GCGACCUCGAGCUCUUUCGAUCUCCAACUUCUUUUAGCUCCACCAUCCGGUGCACUGGCGGAGAAUGACCCUUAUCUAAAGAGGAAAAUGGCGGUUCUGCAAUUGGAGGUCGGCACGCUUAACCGUAGACUUGAUGAAUGGGUUAAACUGGAACAACUUGAUCUCAACUCUGUAGAAACGGAUGUGGACGAGAAGGUUGAGGACAAGGCAACUAGCUUGAAAAUGACACGGCAUCAGAAGCGUAAGAUUGACGAGACACAUGUGGAGGGUCAUGAAGAGCUUGAUGCUGCUAGCUUGCGAGAACACGAAGAGUUUACGAAAGUGAAAAAUAUUGCCACAAUAGAGCUUGGUAGAUUUGAGAUUGUGACUUGGUAUUUUUCGCCCUUUCCUCCAGAAUACAAUGACUGUACCAAGCUGUUCUUCUGUGAAUUUUGUCUGAGCUUCAUGAAGCGCAAAGAGCAACACCAGAGGCACAUGAGGAAAUGUGAUCUCAAGCAUCCCCCUGGUGAUGAGAUAUACCGAAAUGGAACCUUGUCAAUGUUUGAGGUUGAUGGGAAAAAGAAUAAGGUUUAUGGGCAAAAUCUUUCUUACCUGGCCAAGUUGUUUCUUGAUCACAAGACCCUGUACUAUGAUGUUGAUCUAUUUCUGUUCUAUCUGCUGUGUGAAUGUGAUGAUCGAGGAUGCCACAUGGUUGGCUACUUCUCAAAGCAACACACGGAGACCAACAAAGGCGCCUGUGGCCUCUCCCUACCCGUACGGAUCGAGGGGGAACUCCUCCUAAAGGAGGCGACGACGGACGAAGGCGGCGGCGGCGGUCUCAAGCUUAUGAGCUACAGAGGAUACUGGAAACGGGUUCUCCUAGACAUUUUGAAGAAACACAAGGGCAAUAUAUCAAUUAAGGAGUUGAGUGACAUGACAGCCAUUAAGGCCGCGGGCCGUGGGGGACUUGAAGUUGACGUCAGUAAAUUAAUUUGGACUCUUUACAAAGAGCAGACCUAAUUCUUUAGUCUGAAUGUGGACUCUCUCUAAUCCAAAUAUUCAUUCAGUCACGUGAAUUUAAUGGUCUGUACAUAGAUCUGACCCUGUAUUUUCUUAUGAAAAUGUAAAAUAGCUUUGUAUCAGUGUAAUAUAGCUGUGUAGGAGUUGUCCGCAUGCUUGUUGAAUGAAUUAUAUUUGCGUUCCCUAUAUUUUGGAUCUGAGCAGUGUUUGAUAUUGUGGAUUUUUGGCGGGAAUUAGUAAUAUGGUUUUAGUGUUAACA